UAACAUUACGGAGUCGCACCCCCCGAUAUAUUUACAUCGCCAUGUUAAUACAAGCCAUGUAUUAUGUUCCACAUAUCAGAACGGCCUUUUCUCGUAUAGUGUCUGACCAUCGUGACAUGGAGAAUUUACAGCCUUUCUGGGAAGCGAUGGCGAGGAUGGAAAUGGGUGUUCAACGAGAUAUCCAUUUAGAUGACCUACUACAGGAACACUUGACAAGCGAAAACGAUGAAAAUGCUAUGGUCAAGGAUAUCAAGGAAACAGUCGCUGAAUUUUAUUCCCAAUUCGCUACAGAGAUGUCCGGACCUUCUCAUGCAUUCCCAUCAAGUUUACUCAUUUCCCAAAUCUGGCAACCUCCUUCGUUAGCUCGUUCUUCAUUCAGUUCCAACACCAGCAUGUGGGUGGACGAGAGGUCUUUGGCUGAAACAGGGAUCACGCAAGACUAUCCAUUGAUUCCCAUCACCUCGAAUAUCAAUUCUGAAGAAAAUUCUCUGUUAUCAUAUCUACAUGAACUUACUUGGUUCAGAAAGUUGCAGGUCGCGGCAGAUGUCCUAGUAUUCUCCAUCAGCCAUGAGGAGGGCCCGCCUACCCCUUCCAUCUACAGGUCAACGCCUACUACCAGUAGUACGAAUGGAAAGGGUACGAGCUCUGGGGGUACUAGCAACACCGCUGGGAAACUCAAUAACUCUGCUCCAUCUCAGAAAUACCCCUUACAAUUUCCGGCUCAGCUCUAUGUCGAUCCUUUCAUGCUCGACAAUCUUGACAUCGCCAAAAUACAAAAAGAGUCUCAAAUUAAAAUGGAAACUAGCGUUCGUGACAUAGAAAAGAAGAUAUCGGCGUUGGGUGGCGGCACAAAUAAGCUACCCAUCAAGAAUUUACAAAUGUCAAUCAAGUAUUAUCAAGAAAUAAUUGCGAACGAGGGCACCCAAGAACAGAAGGAUCUGAAUAAGGCCACCCUAGAGGCGUUAGAGGCGGUUUUAGACAGGGUUGAGAAAGAGAUAGAAGAGAAGAAAGAUGAGCUGUCGAGGACGAAGAAGGAGAUAACAGAACUUUACGAGUUGACGGCCUUAAAGAAGAUGCCGUACGAGUUAUGUGCCGUAUUGAUGUGGGAUGGGGUCUAUGGAAGGACUCAUGUAUAUUCUUAUGUGAAGGCAAAAGACGGGAAUUGGUACAAGAUAGUCGAUUCAUCAGCAACUCAGGUCACUGAGGAAACGGUGCUUAACGAUUCGAGUGGCCUUCAUCUCACUGCUGGGCCAUUCAUGCUUUUCUAUAGUUCACUGGAAAAUUCUACAUCUUUCGACACAAUAAGCCAAGAAGCAGCUCAAGAAGGACUCACACGUCCAUUAUCGAAAGAGACUCGUUCGCUUUUACAAAAGCAGUUCUCUGAAUGGAGCAAGGAGGUCAGAGAAAUCGUUCGCCGAGCAAAUAGCGAAUUCCGUACACAAUUAGGAAAUGAACAGCUGGUGGAUGAAGACGGUCGUCUCGUAAAACGGAGUGAGGAUUCCGGCUCCGAUUCGCCCACGAAAACAUUGUGGCCGGAUCCGUUGCAUUUCCUUCAUAUUAUUGACGAGGAAAAGGAGAUGGUUUACGAUUCCGACCCGGAGGAGAUGAAUAUGGAGGAUAUUACAGGAUCGCAGUCUCAUGAAGCCGCUUCAUCUCGUCGUAAUUCAUCCAAGGGAUUGUGGGAUCUCACUACUAAUAAUGAGACCGUCAAGGACGACACAGGCCCCGGAUGGGUCCCUCAGGGAGACCCUAAUAUGACCUGGGAAGAGGCCUUGACGAAGGAGAGCCCAAAACAGACGAAUUGGGACGGAUGGGGUUCCCAGAACGCCACAGGGGGUAAUAAAAUAGAGGUUCAAGUAACCCGUACCGUCGAAACUAAUUCCACAGAAGUUGGUGGUACCCAAUCCACCUCACCAUCUACUUAA